AUGGUUUCUGAACUUCGCGAAUCAUUAUCAAAAUGGCUUUUGCAUAAGGAUGUUCAAAGAAAUUUAGAAGAUACUUCAAUAGGUGCAUGGUAUGAACGAGAUAUUAAAUUAAUCAAGUUUCACGGAAUUCAUCAUCAAGAUGAUCGUGAUGAAAGAAAAGCUAAGUUUUGGAAAAUGCUUUUCAAUUUAUGGUACGAGUUAGAGGUCUUGGAGGAUUCAUCGAUGCUUAACAUGGAUAAAAUAGCGGAGAUUGAUUGUUGA